GCGUCGCAAGAGGGGAUGGGCGUCUACGAGCUCGUCCGGAGCGAGGACGCCGCGGGCCCCGCGGCGGAUCUGGAGGCCGGCCGGUGCCGUCUCUCCACGCCGGCGGCCACGGCGUCGACUCCGGCAGCGGCGACGCGGCAGCGGCUCGUCUCGCUCGACGUGUUCCGGGGGAUCACCGUGCUGCUUAUGAUCAUAGUGGACGACGCUGGAUCGUUUCUUCCGGCAAUGAACCACUCCCCCUGGGACGGUGUGACGACAGCCGAUUUCGUCAUGCCAUUUUUCCUAUUCAUCGUUGGGGUCGCUCUAGCUUUGGCGUACAAGAGAGUGCCGGACAAGUGGGAGGCAACUGGAAAGGCAACGCUUCGUGCACUGAAGCUACUCUUUGUUGGUCUAGUUCUGCAAGGUGGAUUUUUUCAUGGUGUUCGUAGCCUGACCUUUGGGGUUGAUGUUACUGAAAUACGUUUGAUGGGUAUACUGCAGAGAAUCGCGAUAGCUUAUCUUGUCACAGCACUAUGUCAGAUUUGGCUCAAGGGAGAUGAUGAUGUAGAAUCUGGACUUGAUUUGAUCAAGAGAUACAGAUAUCAACUACUCGUUGGCUUGCUCAUCACAAUAACCUACACGACACUCUUGUAUGGUACAUACGUUCCUGACUGGGAGUAUCGGAUAUCAGGUCCUGGUUCCAUGGAUAAAACGUUCUCUGUCACAUGUGGUGUACGAGGUGACUCUGGGCCAGGUUGUAACGCGGUUGGCAUGAUUGACCGUAAAAUCUUAGGCAUCCAGCAUCUAUAUGGUCGACCGGUUUACGCCCGAUCACAGCAAUGUAGCAUAAAUUCACCGCAAAACGGGCCACUCCCUCCAGAUGCUCCCUCAUGGUGUGAGGCCCCUUUUGAUCCUGAAGGGCUUCUCAGCUCUGCGAUGGCCAUCGUUACCUGCCUCAUUGGUCUCCAAUUUGGGCACAUCAUUGUACAUUUCCAGAAACACAGGGAAAGAAUCAUGCACUGGCUUAUCCCUUCCUUCAGCAUGCUAGUCCUGGCCUUCGCGCUGGACUUCUUCGGAAUGCGAAUGAAUAAGUCACUGUACACUGUAAGUUACACUCUCGCCACCGCUGGCACGGCGGGGCUUCUCUUCGCGGGGAUCUACGCCCUGGUCGACCUCUAUGGGUACCGACGCCCGACCAUCGCCAUGGAGUGGAUGGGAAUGCACGCACUGAUGAUAUUUGUCCUGAUCGCGUGCAACAUCCUGCCCAUGUUCAUUCAUGGCUUCUACUGGCGCGAUCCCAGCAACAACCUUUUGAAGUUCAUCGGGAUUAAGGCGUGAGGUAUAUAUAUGGUGGAUCGAGCUAGAAGACACAUAUAGAGAGAUUAUACUUAGGACCCUAUUUGCACAGAGAUUGCAAGAGAUGAGUGCAGGCCUAGUUUUGCAAUACGGCCAGAGCUUCAUCAUCAUGUGCAGCUGCCUGUUCGACACGGCUCAGGAACAGUUGCAAUUGCACAUGUUGUUUUCUCCGAGAGCUCUUUGUAUAUGGUAAAGAAGCUUUCUGUAUAUAAUAACAAUACAUAUACAAUUCAAAGAUAUACUACAUAGAGGCCUGGGGUAUUACGACA